AUAUAUUUUUUUUUUUUAAAUAAAUAAAUGAUUCCUCCUUGUUGCCCUUCCGCCAUUUAUUAAACUCAUCAUCUUAUAUAUUUGGUUAUUUUAUCAUAUAUUUUUCCCUUUACAUCCCAAAGGCUCUCAAAAAAAAAAGCAUGGCUUCUUCAUCAGGUGGCAACACCCAAAACAAAAAAAUGGAAAUCCCAAAGUACAAAUCCUUUUCGCCGGCUCCGGUUUCUCCUUCCUCGUACCUUUCGAUUCCUCCCACUUUGAGCCCUUCUCUUCUCCUCGAUUCUCCCGUUCGUUUUUCUUCGUCUAAUGUUUUUCCAUCACCAACGACGGGUACAUUUGCCGAGCUGUCGGAUGGGGAGAGGAAGUUUUCCGAUUUCUCAUUUCAAUCGUCCCAAACACGGCCUAAUUCCAACUCCUCGUCCUCCAUGUUCCCGAAUUCAAUGAACCCCUUGGCUCAGAAACAAAAAAGCGGGACAUUCAACCCGUUCAGUACAACCGGGUCAAAGCUCGAAUCGAGUCCAGCACAAAGUUUCUGUACAUCACAUACCGAUAACAAUAAUUACAAUAAUAGUAAUAAUAAUAAGAAUAAUAACAAUUCAGCCCCAUCAUCAAACUACAUCAAAGAGCAGAGAAAAUCAGACGACGGAUACAACUGGAGAAAAUACGGACAGAAGCAAGUCAAAGGGAGCGAAAAUCCACGUAGCUAUUACAAAUGCACUUUCCCAAACUGCCCCACUAAGAAAAAAGUCGAACGCAACUUGGAUGGGCACAUAACCGAGAUCGUGUACAAAGGGAGCCACAAUCAUCCCAAGCCCCAGUCGACCCGGAGGUCAUCUUCCAACUACAACGAUUUGUUGCCAAUGGCAAACGAUUCGAACUCACAACAGGCAGACUCUGUCACUGUCACCACACCGGAUAAUUCCUCCACCUCGUUUGGGGACGAUGAUUUCGAACAGGGCUCGUCGAUGCACGAUCAAGAGAACAAACCCGACGUCAAGAGAUGUGGCCCUUCGAACGGGAUGAACUUUCCCAACCACAACAACAGGCUACAAAGUAUACAAAACCAAACACCUUAUACUCUUCAGGUGCUGCAGGAUGUGAAUAAUUUUGCAUUUUCAGCUUAUGGGAACUCCUUCAAUCAGAUGCACCGGCAGGAAGAGAAUAAUACGUCUGCCAUGGCUAAGGAAGAACCUAAAGAUGACUCCUUUUUCGACUCUUUCCUAAACUGA